AUGACACCCUCGCGAGCAACAUAUCAAAGACCUGGCGCAUCGCAAUUCCAAUUCCGUUGGUCGCAAAGUCAGACUUCAAGCUGGAUCACGUCUCGGCUCGAAACGAUCUUCCGGUCAUCACGCCGGACGUUCCGGUUCUCCGCUAGGCAGAGCAACUCAGCAAACGGUACUGCCAAGGAAUCGCUUUCGCUCAGUCAAAGGUUGAAGAAGCUUUCGCGCGAAUAUGGGUGGUCGGCCGUUGGUGUGUAUCUGGCCUUGAGCGUUCUGGAUUUUCCCUUUUGUUUCCUGCUCGUGCGGAUCGUUGGAACCGACCGGAUUGGUCAACUGGAGCACUGGGUAGUGUCCCACGUUCAAAAAGUGAUCCCUGAUUCAGUCGAAAACUGGUGGACCGAAUACAGAGCCGCACUCAGCAAGGCCGAGACCGAGCAGCUGGGAAACAACGACAUCAGCGAUGCGGUUGAGAAGGCAACCUGGGGAGUUGAGGAAGCUCAGCGCGCCAACAAAGCAGAAGCCAGUAAGUCGACACGAACUGCUACACGAGGCCUCCCGCGGCAGAGGGUUGAGAAGCUCCACGAACUGACUUUGUUGUAG